AUGGCUGCAUUGCUACAGGGUUCUAGCCUGCUUUCGCCGCUUGUUCUCCACCUGCUCCUCAGCCCUUUGUUCGCUGUUAUCCCGGGGAAGAUACCGGGGCCCUGCCGCUGGACCCCGGGCUCCUACCCUGCCGCCGGAGACGCCGUCAGACCGAGCCAGACGGGGCAAUCUGGGGUCUUGGCGAGCGGCGGUUCGGAUCUCCACCCCAGGUGGACGUUACCAGAAUGCCCGGCAAGAAGCCUUUUUACCUUGCGCGGAGCUCACGGAGACUAUUAUCACCCCUUGUGCAAGGAAAAACGGGAGGCAAAAGGAUCAGUCACCGGGGUACGGAACGGAGACGGUGUUCCCCACCCAGGUAGGAGCACUGGCGGAAAGAGGAAGGGCGUUGUUUUACCUGCUUUCUGCUCCCCGGUUCAAGAUGAUAAAAAACGACCUGUACAAAGGACUAGAAUGUGUGCGUGGUCACCACCCAUGCUACUGUUCGCUCGCCUUGGCCAACCUGAUACCGGGGCAGUCUUUGUGCGCGACCAGCACCGGGAACCUCAAAGCGAGAUAUGGGGGAUGACUUGGGAAGUGAAAGGGGCUCCCGAAAGGGAAGAGACACAGGGAGGCCCAGGUCAGGAGGGGGCCAGCAUCACACAGGCAGAGAAAAGAGGAGGAGGGAGUCUGGAGAAGCUGUUAGUGGUGGGGGAUGACAUACAGGAUGAAAGGAAGGAGACCAUAGCAACCUCCGGUAGAUCUCGCCGUGCGGCCAACAGACACCCCCACUUCUCCCAGUACAACUACCAGGUGCAGGUGCCUGAGAACCAGCCUUCAGGCUCCUCGGUCAUGGCCAUGUCUGCCCAGGACCCAGACCCAGGAGACCCAGGCAGGGUCAGCUACAGCAUGGCCCCCCUUAUGAACAGCCGCUCCACCGACUACUUCCACAUCGACCCUGACACGGGCCUCAUCACCACCUCACAGGUGUUGGAUCGAGAGCACAUGGACCUGCACUACUUCCGAGUCACGGCAACAGACCACGGGUCGCCACGCCUGUCCGGAACCACCAUGGUGGCGAUCACCGUGGCCGACCGCAACGAUCACUCGCCCGUCUUCGAGCAGACGGAGUACCGGGAGACCAUCCGGGAGAACGUGGAGGAGGGCUAUCCCAUCCUCCAGCUGCGGGCCACUGACCUAGACGCCCCGUCCAACGCCAACAUCCGCUACCGCUUCAUCGGAGACACAGUGGCGGCCGCCCGCGCCGCCUUUGAGAUCGACCCUCGCUCGGGGCUGAUCACCACUCGCGGCGCCGUCGACCGGGAGUCCAACGAGCGCUACACGCUGCAGGUGGAGGCCAGCGACCAGGGCAAGGAGCCAGGGCCGCGCUCUGCCACGGUGAAAGUCUUCAUCACGGUUCUGGAUGAGAACGACAACGUCCCCCAGUUCAGCGAGAAGCGCUACGUGGUGGCGGUCAGGGAGGACGUGCGGCCUCACACGGAGAUCCUGCGCGUUAGCGCCACAGACCUGGACAAGGACAGCAACGCCGCCGUCCACUACAACAUCAUCAGCGGCAACAGCCGCGGCCAGUUCUCCAUCGACAGCGUGACGGGGGAGAUCCAGGUGGUGGCGCCGCUGGACUUUGAGGCGGAGCGGGAGUACACGCUGCGGGUGAGGGCGCAGGACAACGGGCGCCCGCCGCUCUCCAACAACACGGGCAUCGUCAGCGUGCAGGUGACGGACGUCAACGACAACCCGCCCAUCUUUGUGUCCACGCCGUUCCAGGCGUCGGUGCUGGAGAGCGCCCCCGUGGGCUCGUCCAUCCUGCACAUCCAGGCCAUUGACACCGACUCGGCCGACAACGCCAGGCUGGAGUACCGCCUCACCGGCACCAGCCCCGAUACGCCCUUCGUCAUUAACCCCGCAACCGGCUGGGUGACCGUCAGCUCCGCCCUCGACCGCGAGUCGGUGGAGCACUACUUCUUCGGCGUGGAGGCGCGCGACUACGGAGUGCCCCCUCUCUCCGCCACGGCGAGCGUCACCAUCACGGUGAUGGACGUGAACGACAACCGUCCAGAGUUCCUGCAGAGGGAGUACUUCGUCCGGCUGAACGAGGACGCGGUGGUCGGCACCAGCGUAGUCAGCGUGACGGCCGUCGACCGCGACGUCAACAGCGCCGUGACCUAUCAGAUCACAGGGGGGAACACCCGGAACCGGUUUGCCAUCAGCACCGCCGGAGGGUCGGGGCUUCUGUCUCUGGCGCUGCCGCUGGACUACAAGCAGGAGCGGCGCUACGUCCUCACGGUCACCGCCUCGGACCGAACUCUCCACGACACCUGCCAGGUGCACGUCAACAUCACAGACGCCAACACCCACCGGCCCGUGUUCCAGAGCGCCCACUACUCGGUGAGCGUGAACGAGGACAAGCCCCCCGGCAGCACCGUGGUGGUGAUCAGCGCCACCGACGACGACGUGGGCGAAAACGCUCGCAUCACCUACUUCCUGGAAGAUAAUAUCCCGCAGUUCCGCAUCGACCCUUCGAACGGCGCCAUCACGCUGCAGGCCGAGCUGGACUACGAGGACCAGAUGACCUACACGCUCGCCAUCACCGCCCGGGACAACGGCAUCCCGCAGAAGUCCGACACCACCUACGUGGAGGUCAACGUCAACGACGUCAACGACAACGCGCCCCAGUUCCUCAGCCCGCGCUACCAGGGCACAGUCACCGAGGACGCCCCGCCCUUCACCAGCGUGCUCCAGAUCUCCGCCACCGACCGGGAUGCGCACGCCAACGGGCGCGUCCAGUACACCUUCCAGAAUGGCGAGGACGGCGACGGCGACUUCACCAUCGAGCCCACUUCCGGAAUCGUCCGCACCGUGCGCCGCCUAGACCGGGAAAGCGUCCCGUUUUACGAGCUGACGGCAUACGCCGUCGACCGCGGCAUCCCGCCGCAACGCACCCCGGUCCACAUCCAGGUGACGGUGCUGGACGUGAACGACAACGCCCCCGUGUUCCCGGCGGACGACUUUGAGGUCCUGGUGAAGGAGAACAGCGCGGUGGGCUCCGUGGUGGCCCAGAUCACCGCCACGGACCCGGACGAAGGCGCCAACGCCCAGAUCAUGUACCAGAUCGUGGAGGGGAACAUCCCGGAGAUCUUCCAGAUGGACAUCUUCUCCGGGGAACUCACCUCGCUCAUCGACUUGGAUUACGAGGUGCGGUCCGAGUACGUCAUCGUGGUCCAGGCCACCUCGGCUCCGCUGGUGAGCCGUGCCACCAUACGGAUCCGUUUGGUGGACCAGAACGACAACCGCCCACAGCUCCAGGACUUCCAGAUCAUCUUCAACAACUUCGUGUCCAACCGGUCCAACAGCUUCCCCAGCGGGGUGAUCGGACGAGUGCCGGCCCACGACCCGGACGUGACGGACCGCCUCUACUACACCAUCGACCGGGGCAACGAGCUGCACCUGCUGCUGCUCAAUCACACCAGCGGAGAGAUCCGCCUCAGCCGCAAGCUGGACAACAACAGGCCCCUGGUGGCUCCCAUGGUCAUCACCGUCACAG